AUGAAGCAUGUAGCUCGGCAGGAGGCCAAGAACAUGUCGCCGACGAAGCUGCCCCGUCCUAAGAAGCUAUUCCAUGAUGCCGAGGAGGCGGAUAUGGAGUUUGCUCUAGUGGACCACCAGCUGCACUCGCUCAUCGACGAGGGUGCUCUGUGUCUGGCGGACGAGAACGUGAAGCUGCAUCACUAUGUGCAGCCUGCGAGCAUCGACCUGCCGGUUUCUGGCACCGCGUAUCUGGUCAAGGAGAAGAUCCUUCCUUUCAAGAAGCGGGUAGAAUGCAGCAUGUUGCGCUCCACCUGUGACACUUGCCGGAUGCAGGUCAAAGACCUGAUAGGGGAGCUAACGCUGGAAGAGAAGAGCCUUACUGGGAAGGGGGCGGUUCUCCUCAAGGGCCAGUCGUACCUGAUCUACUGUGGGGUCAUCUGCCUUCAAAAAGGGCAGCGAGGCUGCCUGAGCCCGAAGAGCUCGAUUGGGCGCGUUGAUAUCAUGGUGCGAGGGAUAGUGGACGGGUGCGGUCUUUACGAUGUCGUUCCUGGGGAUGGGAUCAGCCGCGAGCUAUGGCUUGAGAUCAGCCCGAGGUCCUUCAACAUCCGGGUGCAUGCUGGGAUAGCGAUGACUCAGUUGAUGAUCUUCGCUGCUUGCAACGAGGAUGACGCAUUUCAGACACCGAUCAAGAGCGUUUACGAUGAUUUCGAUCACUCUCCGGCAAAGAGCGUGACGCUGCAUUCCGAGGAGGGCGGCGAGAUGUGCAAGGAGAUGUGUAACUUGAGGGAGGACUUUCAAAGCUUCGCCAGCAUCGAAGAUGGAUUUGAGGCUUUGCCCACUGAAGACAUUCUGGACCUUUCUUUGACGGAUUUCCAUCAUCCUCGCAAGUUCUUCCGCGAGAUUUUCCCUUCCGAUCAAGGGAGGCUGACCUUGGAGAAGGAUCGUUUUUACAUCUUAGCGACGAAGGAGAGAGUCUGCGUUCCCACGUAUCUCAGUGCCGAAAUGGUUCCUUUCUCACAUCACGUCGGUGAACUCCGAGCACACUACGCCGGGUUCUUCGAUCCCGGCUUUGGGUACGGAAGGGAAGGAGAAGUGAAGGGAACAGUGGGCGUGCUUGAGAUCAGAGUUGGAACCAAAGAGGCGCAUCUGUCUGACCACGUCCCUGAUAUGUUCUAA